GUGACACAGUAACAUUAUCCACAUGGUACCUAUGACAGUUUGUCGUGGUGAGUUGCAUCUGCGUGUGACUGCAAGAAAUGGCUCUUGUUCUCAACGUCUCAUUGUGUUCCACUUCUAAGCCCCGUCUUUCUCUAUCAACCUCCAAUUCCAAAGCUUUUCCUCUUCCUCUCCUUGGACUCAACACAAAGCAAAGUCGCCAAGCAUCUCAGAAACUCACAUUUUCAUUGGCUGAAUCCGUGUCUAGUGCCACUCUCGUUGCUUUCCUCUCUGCUUCUUUCAUCUUUGUUCAUCCCGCACUUGCAUUCAAGGGUGGAGGACCAUACGGGCAAGAAGUGACAAGGGGGCAAGAUCUCACUGGGAAGGACUUUAGUGGCAAGACUCUGAUCAAACAAGACUUCAAAACGUCCAUACUGAGACAAGCCAAUUUUAAAGGUGCAAAGCUAAUAGGUGCUAGCUUCUUUGAUGCUGAUUUAACAGGUGCUGAUCUUUCGGAAGCUGAUUUGAGAAAUGCAGAUUUUUCCCUGGCAAAUGUGACAAAGGCAAAUUUAAGCAAUGCUAACUUGGAAGGUGCGCUUGCAACAGGAAAUACAUCUUUUAAGGGAUCGAAUAUUACAGGCGCUGAUUUCACGGAUGUGCCACUAAGAGAUGAUCAACGCGAAUACCUCUGCAAAGUUGCUGAUGGGGUGAACCCAACAACCGGAAAUGCUACGCGUGAUACAUUGUUCUGCAAUUAGCAUUCCAUUGCUGAAGACUCCAAUAACUUCAAAAUAUAUGCACUAAAUGUUUGCAUGGAUGUAAACUAUUGGUUGAAUGCCAACGAAUGCUUUCAUAGCUAACAAUAUCCUUCCUUCAUGUUACUCCAUUAUCCAUUAUGCAAUCUGUGAAGUUGGCAAUUUGACAUGUUGCUGGAAUCUUGUAAUGCAUAGCAUGACAGCACCGCAAUUUAAAUUGUUCCAGAUUUUCAUUCACCAUACACCUGACAAUAAGAUUGUGAUGUAAUGCUCAACCAGCCACCUAUGUUAUGUAUUAUGGCAUUAUAUAGUUAAAAUCCUUUAA